AUGGCGGUGGAUUAUGCUUCUGGGCUGUCAGAUUAUCCACAUAAAGGAAAGUGCGGAGCACCUGAGCUUUUUGACUCCGAAGAGGAACUUGCAAGCAAAAUCAUAGAGCUGUCAAAGUUGAUCAAGGAAUGCAAACAUUUGGUGUUCCAUACUGGAGCAGGAAUCAGUACUUCAUGUGGUAUCCCUGAUUUUCGUGGACCUAAAGGAGUUUGGACAUUGGAAGCCAAGGGAGAGAAACCCAAGUUUGACGUCACAUUUAAAAGUGCUGCUCCAACUUUGACACAUAUGGCAAUGGUGGAACUUGAAAGGGAAGGUUAUUUGAAGUUUGUUGUGAGUCAAAAUGUUGAUGGCUUGCAUUUAAAGUCAGGAUUUCCAAGGUGUAAGUUGGCUGAGCUCCAUGGUAAUAUGUUUGUCCAGAAAUGUGAAAAAUGCCAUAGAAAUUAUCUCUUUGGUGAUCCAGUCGAAACUGUUGGUUUAAAACGAACUGGAAAGCAGUGUUUUGGAGGAAGAAGAGGAAAAUGCAGAGGUAAAUUGCGUGAUUCAAUAUUGGAUUGGGAAGAUUCUCUACCAGUUGAUGAUCUGGCUUCAUCUGAAUAUCAUUCAAAAGUCGCAGAUUUAUCUGUGUGUCUUGGAACAUCACUUCAAAUCAACCCGAGUGGAAAUUUACCCGUACAAACUGUGAAAAAUGGUGGAAAACUUGUAAUUAUUAAUUUACAAAAGACUAAACAUGAUAAGAAAGCACAUUUGGUUAUUCAUGCGUACGUAGAUCAAGUAAUGGAAGGUUUAGCAAGACUUUUGAACUUCACGAUACCCCCUUAUACUCCUAUAUCACCCUUUAAGGACAUCGAUGCUCCACCAGUACUGUUGGAUUCUUUAAAAAUCGAGUUUCCAGUGAAGACUGAGAUCACAAAGCAGAAACUGUUGAAAGACAAACAUGUUUUAUCAGUAUCUUGGAGUAAACCUAAAGUUCAAAAUGAAUCGAAGAACUCUUUUGAUGAAAAGAAUGGAGAAAAAUGCGUUGAACUAGAGUCGGAAUUGUUGACAGUUGUACUUGAAAACGAAACGGGUGGAGUUGACAAUCCGCCAAAAGCUGUCGAAACUUCAACUGUAGAUACUCGAAAUGAAACUGAUGACAUUUGUUCUUCAGUAAAACGAGAAAACGUAUGUUUGAAGGAAAGAGGAGAUUAUUCUGCGAGUGAAACGCCGAUAAAGAGGACCAAAUGUAAUUAAAGAGAUUCAUGUAAUUGUUAGUAAAAUUACAAGUAAACAAACAUAAAACUAUUAGUAGGGCCAUUAAUAUAAAAUUACUUUAUA